AUUCGACCGUUGGCUCCUCCACUUCAAAAAGCCACCGGUUCAGUCUCUCCUCGAUCUUCCUAUUCUGUACAUGUGUGCGAGAGAGACAGAGAGAGAGCGAGAGAGGAGAGGAAGAUUAGAAGGGGGCGGCUAAGAAAUCCAGAAGGGAUUAAUCGUUUAUCUUUGUAGUUCUUGGACAUAUUCAAGCAUUAGAAAUGGCUUCAAGACCCAUUGUUCCACGACAACCCAGAGGUGAGGCAGUAGUUGGUGGAGGAGGUAAUCAGCAUAAGAAGAAUGGUGCGGCAGAAGCAAGAAACCGCAGAGCACUCGGGGAUAUUGGGAAUCUGGUCACCGUCCGGGGGAUCGAGGGCAAGCCUAAUCGUCCAAUCACAAGGAGUUUCUGCGCUCAACUACUCGCAAAUGCUCAAGCCGCGGCAGCUGCAGAAAACAACAAGAAACAAGUUUGUGUUAAUGUGGAUGGAGCGCCUCUUCUUCUUGACGGAGUUGCCGCCGGUGCCGGAAAAAGAGCCGGGGCACCAAAGCCGCCACCUCAGAAGAAAGUUAAUGUUAAGCCAAAGCCCGAGGAAGUGAUCAAUAUAAGCCCGGAUAUCGCGGAGGCUGAUGCUAAGACUAAGCAAGAGAAUCCUGUCAACAAGAAAAAGGAUGGAGAAGGAUCGUCAAGGAAGAAAGCACCCGCUUUUACUUCGGUCCUCACUGCUCGUAGCAAGGCUGCUUGUGGUCUGACGAAGAAACCAAAGGAGCAGAUUGUGGAUAUUGAUGCUGAAGACGCCGGUAAUGAAUUGGCAGCUGUGGAAUACGUUGAGGACAUUUACAAAUUCUAUAAACUAAUUGAGCAUGAGAGUCGCCCUCAUGACUAUAUGGAAUCGCAGCCUGAGAUCAACGAAAGUAUGAGAGCAAUUCUGGUGGAUUGGCUGGUGGAUGUCCAUAGGAAGUUUGAACUUUCGUUAGAAACUCUUUAUCUGGCCAUCAAUGUCAUAGACCGCUUCCUUGCAGUCAAGACAGUGCCAAGGAGGGAAUUGCAGUUGGUGGGCAUAAGUGCAAUGCUCUUGGCCUCCAAGUAUGAAGAAAUCUGGCCCCCUGAGGUCAAUGACUUCGUACACCUUUCAGACAGAGCUUACACUCAUGAACAGAUUCUGGUCAUGGAGAAAAUUAUACUGGGCAAGCUGGAAUGGACCUUGACUGUGCCUACACCAUACGUUUUCCUUGCUCGUUUCAUCAAGGCAUCUAUUCCAGAUCAAGAACUGGAAAGCAUGGUGUAUUUUCUUGCUGAGUUGGGUGUGAUGCACUAUGCCACCAUAAUAUACUGCCCAUCAAUGAUUGCUGCCUCAGCAGUCUAUGCUGCUCGUUGCACUCUAAAGAAGUCACCCGCUUGGAACGAGACCCUCAAGCUUCAUAGUGGCUUCUCUGAACCUCAACUAAUGGAUUGUGCUAAACUGCUGGUGAGCUUCCACUCAAUGGCUGCCAAAAGUAAGCUUCAAUCUGUGUACAGAAAGUACUCAAACCCUGAGAGAAAAGCGGUGGCGCUGUUUCCUCCGGCCAAAGCUCUCUUCUUGCCUUCGGUUGCCUUGAAGACCACAGUUUAAUCACAUUGCUUUUAUGUGAGACUGAGAGAGAGAGACACCUUGGAAUCAAUUUGAAUAUUAGUAGUAUUAUUAGUUCAAAGGUGGGUUGUAAAUUGUAUCCUCAGUAAUGUGAUACUUUGGUACUAAAGAAAAAUUCAUUCUCGUUUUGAAGUAAA